AUGGGAAAAGAACCUGAGGCCCCAACAGCCCCAGGCGAGAAGAUUGAAAAAUUCCCUUCAACUAAAGUACCUGAGAAACCAGGCGGCUAUGAAGGUUUGACGUCACUGGGCAAAGAGUUUGUUACUGUGUUUAUGCAGAAUCAUGACCCUAAAGAGACCCCACAACUGGAGCUUUUGGUUACCGGCACUAAACCGUCCACCUCUGUUUCUGUCACAAUUAACAAAUCUGACUUUAGGAAGGAUGUGAAGGUUGGAGAGGGAGAAACGGUAUCUAUUCCUAUCACAACAAAUGUAGAGAUGAGCGGAUCAGACACAUCACCAAGUUCUCUAGUGAUUAAAUCUGAUGUUGAGGUUACCAUUGUUUCUCGCAGCUAUAAAUACGGCAGUAGUGACACAGCUUUGCUUUACCCAGUGCGUCUGUGGGGAGUUGAGUAUUAUAUAAUUACCCCUCCAUGGGGGGCAGAUGGAGCUCACCCAGAGUUCUCUGUGAUUACCCAUGAAAAUCCCACAGUUGUUAACAUUGACCUAAAAGGAGCUGUGAGUUUCCAAGGAAAGAAUUAUCCAAAGGACAGCAAGCUUACACUCACCCUUGAACCUUUCCAGGCUGUCCAGAUUCAGAGUACUGAUGAUCUCUCUGGCACUAAGGUAGUUGCUGAUCAUCCUGUGGCAGUAAUCAGUGGGCACACAUGUAGUCAGAAAAAUGGAGAUUGUGGCCAUGUGUAUGAACAGCUGUUGCCUGUGCCCAGCUGGGGAUACUCAUUCUUUGUCCCAGGCAUGUCCUUCCAGCCCAAGUCUGAUUUUGUGUUUAUUAUUCCUGCUAAAGAUACAGAAAUAAAUUAUCAAUCAGGAUCAGAAGAAAAAAGAAAAAAAUUAUUAGCUGGAGAGGUUCUACAAUUAGAAGUUACAGCAUCAUCGCCUUUAAAUAUCAAUGCUGAUAGUAAACUACAGGUCUUAUUUUUUGGUACUGGUGGGACAUUCAACACUAAACCAUUUGACCCUUUCCUUACCAAUGUUCCAGCUACUGAAAGAUUUGCUAUUGCUUAUGAGCUCAUUGGACAAGACAAGUUUGAAACCAAUCUGGCUGUUUUUGUAAUCAAGACCUCAGAUAAACCAGGAAUCACUGUUGAUGGGAAGUUACCAAAAGGUGUUAAAUGGAAAGAAUUCCCUGGAUCAAAGUAUUCGUGGGGAGAAUAUAACUACGGAAGUGGCUUCAGUUAUCACACAGUGAAACAUCCUACAGAACCUUUUGGUCUGCUGAGCAUUGGGUACUCUCCAAGUGUUAGCUACGGAUCUGUGGCACCUUCUAUCAGGGGACCGGCCUUAACUUUAGUGCAGGUCCUGGGAGCUGAGCGCAUUAAGCCUCCUGCUAGCUUGACCGGCUCUUGCAAGAAGAAGAUUAGAAUAGCGCGGUCUCCAAAGCCUGUUAAAAACCUAAGAAGCCAACAGCACCAGGAGAGAAGACUGGAAGUGAGUGAGGAUUUUGUAUCUGAUAUCUUCUGUUAUCUACAGCAAAUCAUUGUUUGA